ACAACAAAGGCUGUAUACGCAGUCGUAGGAGAAUAUCUUGAAACCACACGCAAAUACUCACUUCGUCGUGAGCUCUUUGAUGAUCUUUUCGAUUCGAAGUCGCAUGGGUCCUCACCGCAGCAUGUCGAUGAUGACGAAGAAGAACAGCAGGAGGAGGAAGAAGAUGACGAAGAUGAACACGUAGAUGAACAAGUGGUAGAGGUCGAGUCAUCACCUGAAUUCCAAAAACAGUCAGUCGUUACCCCACAGCAAGGUUUUCAUAAUAAAGGCCUGCUGCCAAUUAAGCCCAAAACAUUCAAAGUAAAAUGCGAGUGA